CCUGUUGCGCGGUCCAGGUCUCGAUCUUUCCCGGACUCGCGCAAAAAUUCUCGACCCCGUUGGCGUCGUGAUCCGCAGUCGUUCUCUCCAGCUGGACGAGAGAACGAAAGAGAGAGAGAGAAAGAGAGACGCGAGAACGCGGCAGUCGACUGGCGUCGUGGUGCCGCACGAUCGCGUAUCUUCGAGGAUCUUUCUCCGCCUGGAGAGAGGGUGUAGCCGCGACUCCGAGAUUCCUGUUCCCGACACUCUCGCGAGAAGGGGGUCGCCCCAGAGACCUCACCCACGCGUGGUCCCCACCUAUCACGAUCCUAUCGGUCCAGGAGUCCGUCAGUAGCGCAUCGCGCACGUCCUCGGGAGGAUCGUCAUCGGAGAACAGCGUGGACCAUCGCGUUUGUCCCGCGAACACGAGCGAACGCGAUCGGAUAGGAUCAACAUCGCCGACCGGACGCAAGAUCGACGCAUCGCGACAGCGUUGUUCUUGAGGGUGGAACAGGAGCAGGAUCAUCCCCCGCCGCUGAGAGAGAACGCUGAGCGAGGAUGCCCGGCGCCGGUGGUCAGCCACCGCAGAGGACCACCUUCCGACCGCCGUGGGUCAAGGAUGGUCCAAACCCGUUGCCCUUGCCCACCGCGCCUUGGACCCUCAACUCCCGCAGGGACUCUAAGCCGAAGACUGAGGAAGUUCCGGCUUUUGCCCAAGUCACCUUGAAGAGCGUGCCGAAACCCGCGGAGCCGGCAGCACCUUCGUCAGAUGGACCGCGUAAACAGAGCAAAAUCACGAUAAUACCGAAGCAGCCGAACAAUGAAAAGAUCCCGAGUGGCCGACCGGUGCCAGCGAAGCCACGCGAGAAUGGACGACAGGAGCCAAAUUCGAGGCCGCAACUCGAGCGACAGAUCCGCAUCGAGAGAUCUCGAUCACGGGGUGACAUUUUACCACUCUCGAAGAGUGAAAGCACCACAGGUGCACCAACUUUAUCGAAGAGCUCGUCGCGAGCGAAUUUUCCGCCACCGCCACCCCCACGACCGCCACCACCGCCGCCCAGUCGUACGACGAUCCUCAAGGACUUGCCGCCUCUCAACGAUAACCAAAUGCAGAAGCUGGAAUCUUUGAAGUCCAGGCCGAGAAAACGACCGGACUGGGCCAGCAUGAUGAAGGAGCUCGAAAGCGGCAAGAAGCUCAAGCACGUCAAGUGCAACGACCGGAGCGCACCCCUGAUCGAGAGGGUGAACAAGGUCACGGCCGAUCCAGCAGGUGAUCGUCGAACCCUCUUCGAUCCCCGUCGAGUGCCUACGGGGCCGUAUCUUCCCUCCUUACCGAAAGUGUCCUCUCCUUAAGAAAGGAAUUCGUCGUAGAGAGAAAGAUUGCGCUUCUCCUCUUCUUUUGCUUUUCUUUUCUCGUGCGAUUGUUUGAAGGGGACGUAGUACAAUCGAUGCCCAGGCAGAAAUUUCGAUUAACACAACACGUCCCGUGUAUAGCGCAAAUAGCCAGCGGUAUUGUUUUGUUGUUAUCGCCCUCUUCUCCCUCCCCAAUGCCCCCGAAUCACCUCUAUCCCCGUCGAUUAGGCGAGCCAUCGUUUGUCCAUUGUUAAACUGUUAGACUAAUUAAACUGUUAAUUGAUUACCGUUGAAUUAA